GCCCGGUGUGUGUAUGUGUGCACUUGUUGUAACUGGUGUGGCGCGGAUGCUUCAGAAAAGAAACCUGCCGAUAAAAUAGUACUUGUGACUUAGAGAUUAAACGCUUUGGAGUGGAAUUGAUGUAAUGGUUCUUUAAAAAUGAGAUAUAUGUUCAUCCAGCGUUUGGCUGUAUCUGCCCCAUGACAUACCAGGCAUGGCCCUUUCACAGUCACAGCUCAGAUAAACCUGCAUCCUCCAGCCUUUAACCUCUGGUUAUCACUACAGCAACAGAACAUAUCAUGGACGAAAUAGAUUUACCCAAAGUCAAGACCUCGUCAGAGGAUUCUAAUGUCCUUUCCGCAUAUUCUGCUGACACCAUCAAUAUUGACGAUGGUCAUUAUAACGCUCUGCGUGAAGAUCUAGAGGCUGAUGCUCGGAACUUUGAAGCUCCCACCUGGAGUUUAGCCGUUGACCAGCAGUAUUUAAAAGCCUACUCCAAAGAGGCUAUUAAUAGACAAGACGUUAUACAUGAACUGAUUCAGACGGAGAUAAACCACGUGCGGACACUGAAGCUGGUUUUGGGUGUAUACGUGCGGGAACUGCGCGAGACCCUGCAAAUGGACAAGGCGCGGCUGGAGAGGCUCUUUCCGCAGGUGGAUAACCUGCUGCAAGUGCACCAGCACUUUCUCAACUGCCUUAAACAGCGGCGAGUGGACUCCAUUGAGCCAGGCAGUACCCAGAAUUACUGCAUCCACAGGAUAGGGGACAUUCUUAUCGCACAGUUCUCAGGUGAAAUGAGUAACAAACUGCGAUACUGCUAUGGAGUGUUCUGCAGUCACCACACCGAUGCUGUAAACUUCUACAAAGACUUAAUGCAAAACAACAAGAAAUUUCAGAAUUUUAUACGAAAAAUAUGUCAGCUAUCCAUCAUACGAAGAUUAGGUAUACCAGAGAUUAUUCUCCUUAUAACACAACGCAUCACAAAGUAUCCAGUUCUGAUUGAACGUGUCAUCAAAUACACUGAAGAUGGCUCUGAGGAGCAAAGGGACCUGGUACGAGGUCUUGAUCUGCUAAAGGAAACAAUAGCUCAAGUAAACACUCAUGUGGAUGAGUUUGAGAAGGUGGCGCGGCUUAGGGACUUAAGCAGUAAGCUGGAGCCCAAGUCUCAGGUCAAGAUGUCUCAUGGACGGGUGUUCCGCAGAGAAGACAUUAUACAGGGCGAGAGGAAGCUGCUUCAUGAGGGAAUGCUCAACUGGAGAUUAGCAUCUAACAGAAACAAAGAUGUUCUUGUCCUGCUGUUAUCAGAUGUUUUGCUGCUGCUACUGGAGAAAGAUCAGCGACUUACAUUUGCCUCUCUGGACGGUAAGCCUGCGGUGAUCUCACUGCUGAAGCUCAUAGUGCGGGAAGCGGCUCAUGACGAGAAGGCCAUGUUUCUGAUCUCGGCCUCCUCUGACACCCCAGAGAUGUACGAGUUUCACACUUCCUCCGGAGAGGAGCGCAAAGCCUGGAGAAACCAAAUUUGGAAGGCUGUAGAGUGCUGUCCAGAAGAAAAGGUGGAGGAACCAGAAGAACUCUCUGUGAGGAUCAGGGACUUUGAAAGGAAGCUGUGUAUGAGUGACGCCUUGAUAGAGCAGCAUCUUCAAGAGAAGCUUAAGUUAUUUGUCAAUAUCGCAGCCUAUGUGACUGGUGUAGAUGACUUUUCACCAACUGAGUGCCGUCUGCUGCACGGGAAUGCAGCGGAUCCCCUGCAGGGGGAGCAUCUCCUCGCCAGUGCCUUAAAAGAUGUGGAGCUUUUACAAAAAAUGCUGGUAGCAUGUGAGCUUGGCCAAAAUCCUUCCACUGGUGAGGGAAUGAAUCUGGUGCCACUACCCAAGAGACCUGAUACUUUCACAGGCUUUGACAUGCAACCUGGAAAUGGUAGCAUGGAAGAAAUGAGGGACAGAAACCAUUGGGCCAAUUUAGACCCUCAGCUCAGAGAGCUUUAUUCUAAUGAGAACAUGGAGCUAUCGGCAGACAAGGAGAUAACCAUACAGAGCUUGAGUGCAUAUCUGUCAGUCUUCUUUCCUAAAGCUGAGCUUUAUGACACUGUAACAAACCUGUCUCGGAAACUUUACAGCCUUCAGUCAGUUGUCUUGCAACUGGAGAGCCACAUCGAGUUGCAGCGUGCCACUGUUGAAGAGCUGAUGUCCCGACCACGGGGUAACUCCCUCCUAGAGCAGGAAAAGUAUCGGAAUUUGGAAAAACAGCGCGAGGAGCUGGCCAACUUCUAUCAGCUCCAGAACCAACACAGGCAGGAGCAGGCGCAGUGGGAACAGGAACGAGAGAGGCAAAGAGUGCAGGCAGAGAUGAAGGAGAAGGAGUUGAGGGAGAGAGAACUGGAAUGCAGCAAGCAAGAGGAGCAGCUGGCGGAGGAGAGACAGCAGCAGGCCAAGUGCAGAGAGAUGUACCAGCAAGAUCUGGAGAGGCUCAGAGACUCCAUGCGUGCUGUGGAGAAGGAGAAAGAGAAGCUGCAGCAGAUGCAGAAGAAGUAUAAGAAGAACGAGAACAUUCCCAACCCUGCAAACUUGGCUUUGGAGAAAGAACAGGUACAUCCCCCCUACCCCAUACUGAAUGUUGUUCCUCCUGGCUUCGAUGAGAGGCCUCCCCUGGUACCACCACGCAGAGAGAGCAUCACUGCGCAGACCAUUAAGACAGAAGUCCCCAUUCACCUCAUAAGCACCACCAACCAGUCACACAAAGCCAGCUUCGUCCAACAGCAGAUCCCCACCAAGCUGGCCGCCCAGCCAAAAGGCAAAGAGAAGCACGGCAAGCACAAGCUCUCCCACCAGCGAACCAACAGUGCAGCUGGUUUAGAGGUGUCUCAAGUACUUCCCAUCAAAGUUGCAGGAAAAGAAGGAGGUAGUUUAAGAUCCAUGAAAUCCAGCAGCCCCCAACAGCUCAAUUCAGAUAUGUUUAUCCAACCUGAAAAGUUAUCAAGCUCUAUGCGAACUCAUUCAACAAGCACAACCAGGAAGCACAACCACAGCACACACACUACCCACUCAGGGCACCGCAAAAUCAAAGACAAUGCAGCUGCAGAAGACGUUUUUUUCUUUUAGUGUCCCAUGUAAUCUGCAGACUACAUUGAGGAUGCACAUUGAUUGCUAUUUCUGUAACAUGACCUGUACAUUUAUGUUAUGGAAUACAUGUAUAAGUGCAUUUUUUUAAAGUAACUGUAUCAUGUAGAUUAUGGUCAUAAUCAGGAACAGUUUUCUGUUUUUACUGUGAUUUAAAAAAAAAAAAAAAACAUUUACAGGGAUAGUAAAAAAAAACAAUUUUGAUUUAGGAGGAAUGAUCCUCCUUACAGAAGUACUUAGCAGAGUCUCUGACUCUGUUGCCUCUGAGUUUGUGGUUUAUAUAGUCUUAAAGUGGUACAUUGCGCCUAUCAUGGUUGAAACAAUUUAUCUAUUUUAAAAAUCAUCAGUCACAACAGGGCAUGAUGUAAAACCGGUUCAAUUAUGCAUCACAAAACACUCUGUCGUAUCAAAUUGUUAUUCCUGUAAAUGCUGUUUUAUAUAGUUAUUUAUUGUGAUUCAAGGAUGUUAGGCCCCAUAAGCAUAAAACUGGUAAGGUUUAAGAAUUCCCCAUGUGAUCAAGAGCGUCUCAGAUGUGACAUUUAAUAACAGCGUAUUUAAUGUGCGGAAUGCAAUUUUAGUGAAUGUCAGUUCAGUUUCCCUCCAGUUUCUGCUCAGAUUUAAGGAACUUUUACAUAAUGUUGUAUUCCUGUCCACUGGAAAAUGUUUGUUUUUUUUAAUCUUUUUUUAUUUUUUUAUGAUCAACUUUUUUAUUGGUUUUAUAUAAAGAAGGUCAAUUACAGAUUGCCCAGAUUCUUCACAUGAAACAUAACAAAAAACUGACCCUCCAUUACCCCCCCACCCCCCAGCGGUCCCCCUAGGAAAAUAAUGUUUUAAGGAGCAAAUAUUUUAGUGUUUUAGAAAAAAAGAGAGGAAAAAAAGCCUUGUUUUUCUUUAUAAUUGCAUAAUUGUAGCUCUUCACUACUAAAUGUGUCCAUUGACAGUUAUGUAUUACUAAUUUCUUUGUUUUACUCUCAUUUUUGUUACAUCAAGCUAGAACAAGGCACAGUUCCACUGGAGCAUUAUUGUAUAUUUUGUUUUAUCCUGAGAAAUACAGUCUUUUAGUUUAAAUCUGUACAUUGUAAAUAGUUCAUAGCAAAUACUGCCUUUCUGAUGAUGUGAAUUGUUGCACUUUUAAGUGCUUGUCAUUUGCUUAAUUAUAUGAACAAACAUAAAAUCUGUAUACUCAGUUUUGCUCUACAUAGUUUUUCAUUAUUUAAAAGAAAACUGAUUUAAAUGAAUAUUCCGGGUUCUAUACAAGUUAAGCUCAAUCAACAGCAUUUGUGGCAUAAAAUUGUUUACCACUAAAAUACAUUUUGACUUGCCCCUCCUUUUCAUCUUGGUUACAAUGUGGCAGUUACAACAGAAGUCAAUGAGGCCAAUCCGUAAACGUUAAAAUACUCAUUGUUUCACAGUUCACAGGAACUGCACCCAAGACUUUCAACCACUGUUGCAUUUGUGCAUAUGGUUGUGACAAUAAAAGUGAUUUGAUUUGAUUUAGAUUUUUUUCAAAUGUAUAGUUAUAAGACAAACAAUAUGCAUGUUAACAUGAUUUUAGUUUGAUAAAAUCGCUUACCUUUUGUGUGUAUAGUUAUAGCCAAUUUUACAACUUCAUUGCCAUGAUGAUGUAAUGUUAACAAACCCUUAAAACCAUAAAAAUGAUGAUUUAAACAACUUUACAGCUCAUAUAAUACGUGAGUUUUAACAGAAGAAUUAAUGUAAGUGCUUUUAUAAAAUUAUAAGCUUCACAUUUCUGCCUUUUAAACCCUCCACAAAUUGGCCUCAUUCACUUCCAUUGUAAGUGCCUCACUGUAAUCCAGAUUUUUGCUUAUUUCUUUUUUUUUUUUUUUUUGAAAAGGUGGGACAGGUCGAAUUAUUAUUAUUAUUAUUAUUAUUAUUUAUUAU